UGCUGGGAAUGAAACCUCUCGUCCCCUUCACAAGUACCCAGCUAUUGCCAUGAGGGAGUUUGGAGAAGUCCUGGGUUUUAGGCAAAGCACUGGCUAGAAGAGAUGAGCUACUCGAAGCAUUCCCAAGGAGACUCAGAAACAGCAUGGGAUACAGCUAAGGAAUUGAUAGAAUGCAUAAUCAACACAAUCAAAACAGCAUGGGAUACAGCUAAGGAAUGGAUAGAAAUUAUAUUCAAGGGAUCAAGUAAGGAGAAAUCUAACCCUGGGUUUAGCGACAGGGACCAAAGGGAGAAGCCUUUCUGUGCAGGAAAGAGGGAGAGGGAGAAGAUCAACAAGGCCCUGGAAUCCGAAGUGGACAAGGCGUUCCAGGACCUCAACAAUAAAAUGGAAGCUCUGCAUGAAGAUUUCAAAGAAUUACAGGAGAUCGCAGCAGAGCUGGAGAAGAUCCCAGGAAACAAAAAGCAGGGAAUUGCAAGGGUCCUGAACUCCAUGUUGAAUAUGAACCUUCGGCAGCUCUCCCGAAGAAUUCAAACUCUGGCAGAAGAUGUAGAGGAAUGGCCAGCAGCCAUAAAGCAUGAGCUUAGGCUUCUCAGAGCAUACCUGGAGAUGAGCAAAGAAAACGAAGAGGGGGAUAUUGCAAAGGCCCUGGAAUCCAAGUUGAAUAUGAACCUUCGGCAGCUCUCCCGAAGAAUUCAAACUCUGGCAGAAGAUGUACAGGAUUGUCUGGAGACCACAAGGGAUGAGUUUUUCAGAGCAGAAGUGGAGAAGAACCCAGAAAACGAAGAGGAGGAUAUUGCAAAGGCCCUGGAAUCCAAGUUUACUAUGAACCUUUGGCAGCUCUCCCAAGGAAUUGAAAAUUUGGACAAAGAUUUAUGGCAACAUCUGGAGACUGCAAAGCAUGUCCUUCUGCCUUGCACAGCGUAACUGAAAAAGAACCCAGGUGUUGCCGCUGCUCCAGCUUUGGCUACGCAUUACGUCUUGGGAUGCUGGACAAUCAAACAACUGAACACAACUUCAGCUAUUUUAAAUCAAAUGCUCACUCAUGCAGAUAGUAUUAGACAUGGCAUACUGCAAAACAGCGUUGCUAUAGAUUUUUUUACUGUUAGUACAUGUGCACAGGUGUGAGGAUUUUUAAGGAAUGUGUUGUAUGAAUCCCUCUGACCAGUCUGCAACCAUUCACAGGAAACCCAACUACAAGACAAUGUGAAGAAAUUGACAGUGAAUGAUUUGGGACUGGAUGAAUGGUUUGAGGGAUGGGGAAUACCUGGGUGGUUGAAAGACAAUAUAAAGGGAGCUUUGUAAUUAUUAGUAGUCAUUAUUACAUUGCUUUGUAUUAUUCCAUGCCUAAUGAAAUUGGUGACCCGCUUGGUAGAAAAUACAGUGAAAAGGGUUUGGCUGGUGCAAGAAGAAACAGGGGGAAUUGUAGCAAUGUAUCUGAACAACUUAGGCCACAUUGUGCACCAGCCAUACCACUUGUAGUUAUUCUUAUCAGAGCCCUCUGGAAUUCAUCAAGGUUACUAAGACAUAAACUGUGCUAAAUGAAGAAAGAAAAGACUGAGAAACAGAAUACCGAGACCGCAAGAACUAGAUAACAGAGGGCUGAGAACCACCUGCACUGUAACGAAUCACAUACCCUGCGAAGUGAGUGCAGAACACAAGGACAACACAGAGGCACCAAUGAAGAAGAGCGUGAUCAGCGUGUGCAGUAGGGUUAGAAUGUAUAAAUAAGUGCAUAAUAUAAACA